AGCUAAGUUAAGCAGUGUAAUAAUGCAAAGUAAUAUCGGUUUAUAAAACUUUCGUCAGAGUGAUAAAACGAAUUUAGUCUUUGUUCGGACGCGAGGCUGGGCAGCAGACAGCGUUACUAAAGUGGCAUUGCGGGUAAAUUGAGGAGAAUAAAAAUAAUAAAAAAAAAUAAAUAUAUAAAGAACUGCAUAAUGAAGUGAAUAUUAAUAAAAAUGAGUUGAGACUUGAGAGAAUUAUUGAAAAAUUAAUUAAAAAAAAAUUAUUCAAAAAAAUAAUUAUUUAAUAAAUUUUAUAAUCAAAAAUAUUGUUGAAAAGUGUGUGCGAGCGCUUAAUUAAGCUUUUAAUAGACAUUUAAAAAAUUGUGCAAUAUUUAUUGUGUUGAAUAUAUAGCUAUAAUUUACUAUGAAAUAAAAAAAAUAUUAAAAAAAAAAAUAAAAAAUUGAAAAAAGGACUUUUUUUGUGGAAAAGUGAAAAUUUAUUAACAUUCAAAAGUGCUUAAAUUAGCAAAGACAAUUUACGAAUUAAAAAUCAAUUAAUCAUAACUAGUUACACGCUCGAAAUUUUUUCAAUGCCAAUCUCGUUGUCCAUUUGCUGUACAAUUUAUUGGAUUAAAAAGCACACGUAAAUUGAAAGCGCAGCUUACAGCUUAAAAGCUUAAAAGCUCAGGAGCGCAUACAAACAGCAUACACACUAACACGAAUGCACUUAUUUUAUAUAUAUUUUAUACACUAUUAGUAACACGUAUAGCUAGUGAAAGAGAGACGUGUAAAGCAAAGCGCAAAGCGUAAUAGACGACAGAAAGUGGCCGGACUUUACUUUUUCGUUUAGUGAUUUUUCAUGCUUUUUGUUUUUUUUUUGUUAUUGUUGUUAGUCUGUUUUGUGAAUGGAAUUGAAAUAAAUCGCUGAUUAUCUUCUUAAAUUGAAUUUAAUCAAGACGAACGGACGUUUAAUUUCAAGUGUUUCAUUGCGCGCGCGCCUCUUCCUCCCCCCACGCGCACACAUUCAUAAUACACGUACUUGUGCUGGACUAUGCUACAUCGAAGCAGCUGCUGAAAUCUCACAUACAAAUAGUGUACACCUAAAUCAACGUUAUUAGCGACUGUGUGGAGUCGUUGUGCAUCACAUAUACAUAGCGGUAAUACAAUAGCGCCGCUGAAGCAACCAAUUUUGAUGAUCACUUGUGCACGAAACACUAGUCAGUCGCACGCUUGGGCGGCCUAACGUCGGUUUUUUUUAUAGCUAACUGAAGACAGAACUGUUUCGCUGUGUCGGUGUGUGUAGAGGAGCGGAAAAUACCAUAAAGCGCGUGCCGCUCCAACUUCGAAGCCAAACUCCAUUUUGUGCAUAUUUCAUAGAAAACUACACAGAAAAUACACAAACAAAGUGCGACUGUUGCAACUAAAUCAUCAAACAUUACUGUAAAUCUAGCAGCAGAUUCCACACCCCCGAACUAACGCACCACCCCAAUCGCUCCGCCUUCACAACGCACCCACUGUGAACAUAGAACUUCCAGCUCCCAGCAAGUCGCAACCAACAACCAGUGUCAGCGCCAGUACGCCAGCCCCCAGCACUGCGCAUUUGCGUUUGUGUUAUAUUUAUGGUGUUUACAUUUUGGUGACAGCACAAACAUACAGCGACAUAAUUUACUGCAGCGCAACGCCGCCGAGUGAAGUAACAGCUGCGCGCGCCGCACAAGCGCCAUCAACAAGGUGAAGGUUCAGCGGCAAGGCACCAGGUCCCCAACUAUUUCACACAAAUAUCGUAGUAAACCUUGUAACAGUGAGACACCGCACACAAAAUGGCAAUAAUAGGUGGCGAGGAGACGGCCACGGAGACUAUUGAUAUGGUGCAUGUGGAGAAGGUGAAACCGUCGAAAUUCGGUGAAUUCUGUCGCCGCAAUGGCAUAAAUCCGAAUUUGAUAAUGUUGAAGAUAACGCUGUUCGUCAUGUAUGGCGCAACAUCAUCGCUACUGCCCUACUUGACCAUACACAUGCAGUCGAUCGGUCUGACAGUGGAGGAGAUUGCCAUCAUAUAUCUGGCAUUGCCGUUCACCACCUUUCUCAGUCCACCAAUUACAGGUUUCCUUGUCGAUAAAUUUGGCAAGUACAAGCCGGUCGUCAUAAUGAGUUUGCUGCUGAAUGCACUUUUCCAUCACUCGCUCUUGUUCAUACCACAACAGGAGAUUCCCGGUAUUGUGCCAUCGGCAUUUGUUAUGCGCCAUCCAGAUACUGGCGAUAUAGAGGUCUGGUGGUCACCCUGUCCCAGUCGUGAAUGCCCCGAGGAGCCGGAGCUUGAUUUGGCUGUGAAUCAAUGUGUGGACUAUUGUCUGCUGCAGGAACAACAACAACAGCAGCAACAACCAACGCCUAAACCCUCGUUAUUCGGUCCAUCGCCCGAUUAUUAUACGACAACGCAACGUGCGCCCACAACAACAACAACAACGAUGAGUACAACCACGACAAUGAGUACACUGUCAACAACAGCAACAAUAGUCACCGCUGAGUCACCAACACCAACAACAUCCAUAGCCAUGCUGGAUCCAACAGGCAGCGCGUCGUCUCCCUACCCACCUUCGGCUCCUCCACUAUCAACGACGACGACGACAACAGCGCGCAGUACAACGACAACAACUACGGAGACAGCGGCAGCAGCAGCAGCAGCCGCUCGUGCCGAGACAGCAGCAGCGGCGGCGGCCGCAUUCACAACACCCAGCCCAGCGAUGGCCCGUUUCCAAGAUGUACUUAAUAUGUCAUCGACAAUGUUCCCGCCGGUGGUGACGUCUUCUUCGGCCUUGUCAGAGCUGGAGCAGGGAUGGAAUUUGGAGACAGGCGAACUGGGCAACGACAGCAUCUACAAUCCGAAGAGUUGGGUGCACUCCGAUGGCACGGAUGCCGCCUAUUUUAUGCUUCAAAUGCAUCCCGAUUUGGCUGACCCCAUUGAGCAAUUGGGCAUGGAAAUCGAACCGGAUGACAAUGAGACGGUGACCGAUUUCAAGCAGCGCUUCGGCGAGAAGCGGCUGUGGGAUAUGCAAAUCAAUGUCACCGAUUUGGAUGAAUUGGAUCUACGUUGCGGCGGUCUGGUGCGUCGCUCCAAUAUGUCGCAGCUCACAAACGGCACCGUCAGCUGUAUGGUGCAACGCUGUAUAUUCACAAUGAAUGCACCGGAGAUUUGUCCGCCCGAUUACAAAGAAUCAGAUGAUCGCGUCUUUUGGAUUUACUUUUUAUUGAGAUUCCUCGCCACUACUAUGCUGUCUGCUGGUGUCACCAUAAUGGAUCCCAUAGCGCUGACUAUGAUUGAGAAAUACGGUGGCGAUUUCGGACGCGAGCGUCUCUUCUCCAGCAUUGGCAUGGCCAUCUUUUCGCCAAUUACUGGCAUAAUGAUUGAUUAUUUUUCGCGUGGUCUUGGCUACACCGACUACUCGGCGGCCUUUUAUACCUACGAUUUGUUGUUGGUGAUUUCGACGAUUUCGGUGUUGAUGAUGCCGUUGGGCGAUAAAUUGCCGGCAGAUAAUGUGUUCCGUGAUUUGUGGAAUUUACUGAAGAUGCCACAUGUGAUAACAUUCAUAUUCUUCCUCUUCAUUUUGGGUAAUUUCUGGGGUUUCAUCGAGAGUUUCCUCUUCCUCUACCUGAAGGAGUUGGGCGCACCCAAUUACUUGUUAGGCAUAACCAUCACUGUCGGUACGGUGAGCAGUAUUCCCUUCCUGUAUGGCGCCGAACGUAUCACCCGUAUCUUUGGGCAUGUUAAUUUGAUUAUCAUUGCUUUCUUCUCACAUGCUGGCCGCCUAGUGGGCUAUUCGUUCAUUGAAAAUGCCUGGUGGUGUUUCCCAUUCGAAGCGAUGGAGGCACUGUCAUGCCAUUUGAUGUGGGUGGCAGCGGCCACUUAUUGUUCGAUUUUGGCACCGAAAAGCUUGUUAGCCACAUUGAUUGGUGUGCUGGGCAUGGCACAUUUCAGUUUGGGUCGUGGUAGUGGUUCCUUUACUGGUGGUCUAUUAAUUGGACAGUUCGGCACAAGAGAUGCCUUCCGUUAUAUGGGUCUGUUGGCUGUGGUAGGCGGUAUCGCUUACGGCUUACUGCAUCUGGCUUGGUUACGUAAGUUCGAUCAUAAUAUUGACGACUGUGAAGAAGAAGCCGAGGCUAUGGAGAAUGGUGAGACCGAGAAGCUCACAGAACCGGCCACAAAAGAGCAGGGCACAUCUAUGUCACUGGAACGUCUCAGUUUGAUGAUCAAAUACAAUCAGAUAGGCAGCUUAACUUCGCUGCCACGUGGCUCAAGGGCGGAUAUACACGACCAUUUGUCACAUCGUCGCAGCAGUUAUAAUGUCGAGUCAACGCGUGUACCACGCCAUGGUAGUCACAUCGGCAGCGCCUCGAAGGUUGACAUUUUGCGCUCAACACUGGAUAUAAAUCACAAAUCCUCAAAUAAUUCGGUGCUGAGCAAAGCCGAUAACAAAACAUCAAAUCAAUCAUUAGGACGAAAUCGUGCCGACAGCGCACCCAAAUUGAAUCACAGCAAUCUGAAGAACAUCUCACAGCCGACGCUGGAGGGUGUGGUGCUCGAGGAUCAAGAUACCACCAAAGUGAUACCCGAAGAGACCGAUUUGAAUAAUUCGAAAAUCACUGUCGCCAGUCAAGAUGACACCGCCAACACACAACAAGUCAACGGCAAGGGCGCGAGUAUAGCAGGCGAACGAAAUGUCAAGGACGAUGCUACAUGAUUUAUGGUUUGCCAACAAACACACACACACACACAGUAAUGUCUACAUAGCUACAUAACACGUACAUAUAUGAGUUGAAAUAUAUAUGUAUUUGAAUUGAGUGAUAUUAACUAAAUGCAAACAAUAAAAAUUUAUUAAAAUAAUAUGAAUAAUAAUAGCAAAGAGAUCGCGAAGCAGCUAAUGGUUUCAUAAAAAAAUCUUCCUUAUUAAUAUGGUAGUCAUUUCUGGGUCCCCAUAAUACAAAGUUUGGCAUAGUAUAUAUAGUAUAUGUAUGCCCGUCAAGCAACAAAGUAUUCGUAAUUAAGUAAUGUUGUUUAUUUUAGCGAAAUGAAGUUUUGUUUUUGUUUAGUUUUAGCAAUGAAACACGCUAUUAUUUACUUUUAUUUGUUAGUUUUAAUUUAAUUUUUGCUCAGCGCAUUAAUUUACUUUCGCAUAUAUGUAUUUUGUUAUUUGUAUUGUAUAUGUAUGUAUAUUGUAUUUGUUAUUUGUAAAUCUAAAACUCCUACUCAUGUAAACUUCAAAUAUCGAACGUCUAAUAUAUAAUAAAAAUGAAUAAAAUUUUAGAA